UGUGGUAAUUUUGGACGCGCAGUUGCACGAAUCACUAUACUCGAUCGUUAUCAUUUUCAAACCAGCGAAUAAGUGCUGACUACUGCUUCAAUACAGACCAUAACUUCAUUCAAUAUAGAACAUGGAAAAUAUAGAAUAUGAAGAAGAUACAGAACACGAAGAAUUUGGGGAUGAUGAUUUGGAAUUUCUUGAAGAAAUUGAAAGAAAUGCUGGAGGUUUAAAUUCUGAUAAUGAAGAGUUGGAUGAUUUCUUACCAGAAAAUUAUUCAAUAAGCUAUGAAAAACUAAACAUAUAUAUGGAGUUGAUCACAAAUCGUUCUCCUGAUACAGUGUAUGCUUUCAAUACAGAAUUUUAUAUCAAUUUAUCUAAAAAUGGAUACAAUGAAGCUAAAAAACAUACAGAAAAAAUUGAUAUAUUCUCAAAACAUAAACUAUUCAUCCCUGCUAUAUUUGAAGAAAAAAAUCUUUGUGGUUUAGUUUAUGUAAAUUUUAUACAAAAAUUUAUUAAAUAUUAUGAUAAUCUUGGAGGACAAAAUUUGGUAUGCUUAAAGUUAAUAAUGAAUUUCUUAAUAAGCGAAUUUCUUGAUAAAAAAAAAAAAAGAAAAGAUUUUCAUCCAAAAGAUUGGUUAUUAAUAAAUGUAAAUGAUUUGCCACGACAAGAUGAUCAUAAAAUUAAUAUAGCAUUUGUUUGUAAGUGUGCUGAAUACUUAUCUAGAGAUGCUCCAUUAGAUUUUACACUUAUAAAAUUGAAAAGAAUGUUUUACCAAAUUAAUUCUGAAAUAGACCAUAAAAAAUUAACAAGACCUAUAUCAGAAACUUAA